AUGGGGCGGGUCAACCACACUGUGGUGACUCAUUUCGUCCUCUUAGGGAUCCCCAACACCGACGGCCUCCAGACCAUCCUCUUCGUCACCUUCUUAGCCUUCUACCUCUGCACCCUGCUGGGCAACCUGAUCAUCUUCUCAGCCAUCCUCACUGACUCCCGCCUGCACACCCCCAUGUACUUCUUCCUCUGCAAUCUCUCCAUCGUAGACCUUGGAUUCUCUUCCAUCAGCACCCCUAAAUUCCUGGCCAACCUCUGGGCUCAGAGUAGAACCAUCUCGCUGGGCGUGUGCAUGUCCCAGGUCUUCUUCUGGCACUUCCUGGGCUGCACCGAGUGCCUUCUCUGCACUGUCAUGGCCUACGACCGGUACGUGGCCAUCUGCCACCCACUGCGCUACCUGCUCAUCAUGAACUGGAGGGUGUGCGCCCUCCUGGCCGCCGGCACCUGGAUCGCCAGCUCCUUCCACGCCACCAUCCUCACCAGCCUGACCUUCACGCUGCCCUACUGCGGGUCCAACGUGGUGGAGUAUUUCUUCUGCGACAUCUUCCCGGUGCUCAAGCUGGCCUGUGCGGACACGUAUGUCAUCAAGAUGGUGAGCUUCACCAACAUUGGCAUGGUACCCACAGCCUGCUUCCUCCUCAUCCUCGCAUCCUACAUCCGCAUAGUCUACUCUGUCCUGAAGAUAAACUCAGCUGAAGGGAGGCGCAAAGCAGUCUCCGCUUGUGCCUCACAUCUGGCCGUAGUGACGCUGUUCUUUGGGCCCUGCGCCCUGGUCUACACACAGCCCCAGCUGAGCAAAGUGCUGGUGACCCCUGUGCAGCUCUUCAGCAACGUGGUCACGCCUGUUGCUGGCUCAAAGAGCCCAAGGCGGACCAUCUACCUGUUGACUCUGCUGGGGAAUCUUGUCAUCCUGUUGACCAUCAGUCUCAGCCUCCAGUGCCAUUCCCCCGUGUACUACUUCCUCAGCGAGCUGUCUCUCCUGGACAUAUGCCAUUCCAGCGUCAUGCUCCCCAGGAUGCUGGCUGACUUCCUGGUGGGCUCCCGCUCCAUCUUCCUUGGCUGUUGUGUGGCACAGCUGUAUUCUUUCCACUUCUUUGGAGACACCGAGUGCUUCCUGCUGAUGGUCUUGACCUACGACCAAUACGUUGCUACAUGUGACCCUCUGCACUAUGCCAGGACCAUGAACCAGAGGGCCCAAUCAGCUGGACCACUACUUCUGCGACGUGCCGCCUCUGCUGAAGCUGGCCUGUGCCGACACCUCAUUAAAUGA